AUGGGAAAGCAGCCAGCAGAGAAUAGUAUUGAAAAUCUAAAAGUGAAGCAAGAAGAGGAAGCAGAAUCUAUGAUCAGCACUCAGUUUAAACUGGAGCAGGUUGUAUACUGCCAAGAUGGCAUUUAUAGUGAAGAUUUAAAGACUGUUAGAACAAAAAGUGUCAGUGUUUCAGCUUCUACUGCUGCAAAACAGUGUUCCAUGGAAGAGGUGAUGUACCACAGUUCUAGAAACCGCCUUGGUAGCCAAAUUCCUCUGAUCAUUCAGGGCUAUAUUUUCCAAGACUAUGCUGAAAAGCUACAGAGUGCAAUGUUACAUCUCUUGCAACAAAUGAAAGAUCAGUUCAGCAAUUUCCUUAGUGAGCAAAAUGAAGCUGGCAAUAGGAGGAAGGCCCUAAAGGAAUGGAUCAGUCGUCUCACCAAAGCUCAAGAGCACUUAGCAAAAUUCUCCGUUUGAACAAAAGGCAUUUCUGUGUUGCUCCCUUCUGUCAUUCCAUAGUGGUGUUUGAGUAAAUACUUUGAAAAUACAAAAAUAGGCACAUUAAUUUAGUAAACGUUAGAUUUCAAGAAUGUAUUUAAAGCCACAUUUAUGUCUGACAAAGAGGAGGAGACUGUUGGCCACUUACCAUUUCCUCCCCUCCAUACAAUCCAUUUCUUCCAGGUAGAGUAUCCAGAUAGAACCUUGGUGUACUCUCCUGAGGCAGGGCCCCAGGUGGUCUAUCUGUGAU